AUGUAUUUUAACACUACAACCUUUUUUUACACAGACUCAAAGAUAAGCCACAGGGAUGUAACUGGUCCGUCUGUCACUGCAGAAGAAGCCGAGGCUUUGACAGGAAAAAAGGAAAAGAAGAUCAAACUUUUGAAGAAGCAGCUCCAGGAUGAGCAGAAGAAGAAAGAGGAAGCUGAGAAAGCUCUGGAGGAGCUGAUGGCCAAAAAUAUGGAGGAACAUGCAAGCGGAGUUGAAUUGAGGGAGCAUGAAGAUUCUGAGUACAAGGAGGACAAGACGGGCUCGGCCAAUCAGAGCUCAGCAACGGGACCUGUCAUUGUUCAUGAGGUUGGGCGAAAUGGCAACUAUAUCCGUCUCAGAAACACGUUGAGUGAGGACCAACAAAUGGGAGAAUGGAAUUUAGAAAUGCAGAUCAACGACACACAACCCAUCACAUACACAUUUCCGAAAACAUUCAAGCUCAAGGCUGACAAAAUCAUCACAAUUGCUGUCCCAGGUUAUGGUAGCCUUCAAUAUCCCACUGAUCUUAUAUGGAGGGAGCUGAAGUCCUGGACCCCCGGAGACAAACUCAAGUUCACCCUCUCCAGCAACAAGGGAGAGAAUCAAAUCAACUCAGUUCAUAGUCUCUGGAAGAUAAUAAUUAGCCUGCUGUCAUACUAUUUUUUUACCUGACCUUUCUGCCCUUUUUACUACAAGAAUCUCCCAUUUAGCUGCCUGAAUAGCAACAGAAAGCCCCAUGGAGAAAAUGAUCACAUUAACACACGUUACACACCAGAAACAUCAUGACUCAGAUCUUCCUGUAAAAACACAGAUUGUAGUGAUGCUCUGUCACCAUGAUGUCACAUCUCUCUUUUAAUCUGAAAUCAACUAAAGAAGAACGUCAUGAAUAUUAAAUAAAACACUACCUUUUUGUUAUUGUGGUAAGUUCAGCAAUUCCUAACAUGUUUUAUUUGAAAUGUGGUGAACGUCUGAAUCUUCCUAUUUGGACAAAUUACUGAAAAACACUUCAUCAUGAAGACAAAAAUAUAAUUCUAAAAUCUCAAAUAUUGAACUGACCAACACAACAACAACAUGUGAGCUAACAUAACUCAGGGACUUUAUUUAGCAUUUUUAUCUGAAUUGAAAAUAUUAAAUCUUCACAGAUCUUUGUUAUUCUGUGUUUUGUUUUGUUUAACUGUCAUUGAAUGUAUAUAGGCUAGCCAAUGUAGAAUUUUGUAAUAAAGAGAUAAAAAGACAAAUACAAGUUUGAUUUCAAUUCUGUUGAACUCCAAGUAUUUAAUCGGCAAAGACCUUUCUCAUUCAUCGUCUUUGUUAUGCAUGUGUUAAUAAUCAAUUG